AUGGGCAAUUGUUUACCUUUUAUGCAUUUACGACGGUCAGAUGAUACUGAGCAGCUAGAGGAAAGGAAUUCGGGCAACAGCAGAUCUGAUAACCAACAACGUCAAUCCUCAUCUAGAAGGUCUAGAUCUCAUGCGGUAAGCUUUUUAUGUUUAUUUUUUAGAUUUUGAGGGUUACUUUUAUUCUUAAUUAAUGUUUUUAAGUUUUAAAUCUAUAUAGUUUUUAUAAAAGUAAGAUUGAAUAUCUGAUGCCUAUAACAAUAUAAUAUAAAACUGUUUUCAGAGCUCCUAUGUAAACCAACUGUACGCAUCGUCCAAUGCCUACAUGGAAGAAGGCGAACAGCAGGCAAUUGACGAAAAACGAAAGGCCAGAGUGCGUGGUAUAUUAGCUUCAAUUCCAAUCUCACAAUACGAACUGGGUCAAUCCAUUAACGAUGAGUAAGUUGAUGUCUGCGUUUUUAUUUGAUUUAAUUUUUAGAGCAAUUAGUGAUGAACGUCUGUUAAAGAGGUUGUAAAAAUUUAAACUUGAUUAAUUUAAUGAAGAGGAAGUUAGGUGCAUAUUUAUUUAGAUUAUUUACAGGUAUAGAGGGCUUGCAGGAAAUUUAAUGUAACUUUUUGACUUUUUUAUAGAUAUUUAUGAUGUUUUGCACAUAUGUGAUAUAUAGUAUUAUGCAUGUUGUGGUAAAUUUUGAAAAAUAUCCAUAGUUUUACAAAAAAGUUAUUGCGACAUUACCCUAGCCAGCUUUUGUAGAUCACACUUGGUCAAACUUUUAGUGUUUUUAUGCAGAAAUUAAUGUUUUAGUAAGUAAUAGUUGACAUUAACAGAUGAAGUUGAAUGUUGUGUAUCUUUUAAAACUAAUUUUACGUGUACAGUCACUUAGAUUUUUUGAUCAUUCACCUGUUUCCAGAUGUGCCAUAUGUAUGUUGGACUUCGAACCAACUGAAUCGAUUCGAUAUCUGCCUUGUAAGCAUGGUUAUCAUGUGGACUGUAUCGAUGAUUGGUUGCUACGAUCAUUCACUUGCCCAUCGUGCAUGGAGCCAGUGGAUUCGGCGUUACUUUCAGUAUUUACAGCCAGUUCAGGUAUAGCUGACAUUGCAUCAAUACCCAAAGCUACAUCAUCUAGAAGCUGA